CAGCGGGCCAGCGGCAGAAGGGGGCACUCUUUCUCAGUUCUCACACGGUCACUCUCCUAAGUGUGCUUGUAGCUUCUGCAUGGUUUGGUGCCUGGAAACAAUUCCUGAUUGCUACUUCCCUCGCCAUUGUUAAAGAGCUCCAGGGUACGUAUUGUUUGUCCAUCUUCUAAUUGACGCCAUUUAGCUCCCAGAAAAUGUAUCUGCUGUUGUUUCCAUCCAAAUCCACAUGCAAUAGUAUAUUAUGUUGUGAGCCCCAAGUUCUCGAUUUGUUCUUCACCUUGAUUUAUGAUUUCCGAACUUACCAUGCCCAUGUCUUACUUCGAUUCAUGAUAAUAGGUGGUUUCUGAACAAUACCACGUUUGUAGAUUGUUGCAUGCUAUCUGUCAUUAUUUCACCACUUAUAUGAUUGAACUGUGCUAUGAUUGAACUGUGCUUCAUAUCUGUUUCUGGAAAAGGAAGGGAGGAAGAUAAUGGCUGGGAGUUCACAAGAGUCCAAGAAACUCAAGAGGAUCCAUGCAGUUGACAGACUGAGUGUUCUUCCUGACAGCAUUCUCCAUCACAUCCUCUCGUUCCUCGAUACGAAAUCUGUGGUUCGAACGAGCCUUCUGGCGAGGAGGUGGAGAUGUUUGUGGAAACAUGUUCCCGUCCUCAAUUUUAUACAGACGUCCUUUCCUAACUUGUCCAGUUUCACAAAGCAUAUAAACAAGGUCUUGUCUCUCCGCUUUCAAAAGAUCCCUGUUGGCAGCAUCACCUUCGACAUCUGUGGAGAUAAGUGGGGAGGUGCUAUGAAAACAUUUGAAAAGAUCAUGAAAUAUGCUGACUCUCAUGGUGGUGGUCUUUACCACUUAUCCUUUGUCGAUGACAAGUUCCAAUUUGAAAUCGGAGGGAUCGCUGAUGUCAUUACCGCUUCUCGUUGUAAUGAAUCUCUCAAGACACUCAUAUUGAGGAGAUGCACUCUCAAGAGAGAAUUUGGUUGGCGCUUCAACUUGCUUACAACUCUUGAGUUGUGUCAAUGCCGCCUGGACCCUUAUCCUGUUGGGGAGCUCUUUGAUCCGUUUGCGAAUCUGCCUUGUCUGAUCUACCUGAAGCUACUCCACUGCAUUUUAUAUUCUAGUGGCUCUAGGGUUAUGAUAUCAGGACUUCAGCUGCUUGACCUUCAAAUUGAGUGUCUUAACUUCAACGGCGUCUAUGAAGUGACGGCCCCAAAGCUCAAGUCCUUAUGUUUAUGGAGUUAUGGUUAUGACUUUGAGCGACGUCUCCCCAUUUUGAAUCUCCCCGCUCUUGAUCAUGCAAACAUCCGUCUUGGUUGGUUUGUACCAUACCGUAAUGCAGGAUCGAAAGAGGGUAACCGUGCAUUUAUGAAGUUUUUGCAAGGCCUGCACAAUGCAGAGUGUCUCCAGCUACGUUUCAACAAGAUGAUGGAUCGUCAUGGAGAAGAGCACCGCCACUUUCCCCUGAACAGAAUUAAGGAGUUAAUAGGGCCAGAAUCCCCUCCUUUUACCAGGCUGAAGUCCUUGAGGGUACGAUGUGCGGGUCAACAGAAACUGCCAAGCAUACAUUAUGAAGUGAUUCGCUACUUUUUCGAAGGCUCUCUCAGCACGGAAGAAAAGACCGUUCAGCUGGAGCUGGUUAAUGAAAAGCGGUGCUGAUUUUACGUAGUCAAGUGCUGUCGAAACUAGUAUUAGCAAUGUCGUCAAGUUGCAUGCAGGACGGUCAUGCUGCUAGGAGGAUGAUGUAUUUUGCUGCUACUGAUCUUGUCAUGAAGGCUGGUAUUUUGUAGGCAGCAUUGUCUAAGGGCAUAUUAUACGGGGGCGUGCUUGUUUUUCCCCCUCUAUUUUGUACAGAACAUGUUGUGAUCUUUAACCAAAAACACCACCAUAUAUGCUGAAACCUGAAAGAGCAGAGCCACGUAAAGACCUUCUGCUACUUCUCUUUGUGUAGGCUUCUGUUUGAAUGUAUAUAAAUCAGCUAGUGCUGCUUCCUUUCUGAUGAUUGAAUGUAUAUGAAGCCAGAGAUCGUUAAAACCAAGUUCGAGAAUGAAGCCAGUGAUCGAGACUGAAGUCUCUCAGUUCACAAGACUGAAGAACUUGAAGAUUCAAUACCGGCACGAAAAAACCAAGUUCUGUCAGCAUUUAGCAGGACGGACAUCAAAUGCAGAUCAUCCUCGAGAUGCUUGCUGAUCAGAGAGUGUGAUGAUGGUUUUUCUAUUGUCAAAUGGUGUCAAAAACUGGUAGUAGUCUUGGUCUCUAGUUGCAUAUAUGGUGCUUGCCAAAGUAGUGCCCAAACAGGUAGUUUCCUCCUUUUGCUUAGCGCGAAUAUACAUAAACUUAAUCU